AUGAAAGGUGCGUGCCUCCUGUUCCGCUUGUGCAUCUGCUGGCUGCUGCUGCUGAAGGUUUUGCUAUCCCUCGUGGGGACCGACGCCAAGAGAAACACGCUACCGAGCGAGAGGCACAGAAGCAUCUUAGCGAAUGAAUCUUACAUCGUUGGGAAUAACAGAGGCGGUGGAAUCCCCCCCCUGAGUGGGCAUAGAGAAGCGCGCAGGAAGAACUGGGGGAGCAGGGCGCACUCAUAUGGCUACCUCUCCAGGAGGGGCAUUUCCAAACCGUGUAGGAAUGGAAGCCCCCGGGCAGGAAGAAAGGAGGAGGAGCAGCAGAAGAAGGAGAAAAACACACUAUACGCAGAGAACUACAAAAUAAACUUGACGGACAAACCAAUCAUCGAAGAGGUGCCUCGAAAUGUGAAGGGCAGAAUCAACGAGUGGAUACCAGAAUUUGACGAAGAUAACAAAUUAGGAUUUUUCCCUAUCCUGUUGGAGGAAAUGUCCAAUGAGCCCUCGCCACUACAAGUAGGGUUCGAAGACUAUAUGCAAUUCAAUGGAGAAAAUGUAGAAGACAUUUUUAAAAACAUGACUAGAGAGGUAACCCUAAAUGGAAGUAAAAAGAAAAUCUUUGGCAUGUGUUUUUUUAAUCACAAAACAGGAGUCCUAGCCCCGUUAGCAGUCUAUGCAGAAAUUAAGGACGUUACCAAAGUGGGAAAAAAUUUAGCUGUUAAGGGUGUAGUAAGGGGUCGUAUUAUAAUUGACGAUAUUGUUUCCCAGGAGCCAUGUAUUCUAGGGAAGAUAUCACCCAUUGAAGAUAAAAAGGGACUGUCAGAUGCAGAGGAGAGCUUAAAAAUGGUGGAUGAAAUUAUUCGAAUCCAUUCACAGUGCACAACUAUGGAGUCUCAACUGAUGGAGCAACUUGAUCAGUCUUUUGCAUCUAUGAAUAUUAAGUUAAGAAAUGACUUAAAAGAAUCCAUAGAUGCAAAACUGGAGAAAUUUCAAGUGGAUCCUUCUGAUCCUGAACAAAGACAAGCUUUCGUCCAGAUUGCUUCCUUUGCGGCUUUCGAUUUUCACCUUAUGAUUGUCGACAGGUAUGAUGCCUUGAUGUUGCAGAAUUCGGAGGAUAGACUCAGAUUCGUUAGAGAUAAAAUUAGACAGAAGCAGAAGCAGCUAGCCAUUAUUAAGAACACGCCAAAGGAGAAGCUCCAGGAGAUUCUUGAGCAAGUGCAGACUCUGAAGAAUCAGGGCGCAGCGGGCGCACUAGGCGCACCAGGCACCAAUUAUCCGUCGCCCCCGGGAUAG